AUGUUCACUUACAGAUUCAAGACUAUAAAGAUAUUAAUACCAAUUUUAUUAGCGUGCGCUUGCUUUAAAUAUGCACAUUCGAGUGAACCGACUAUUCUUGAUGAUGUAACUAAUUUGGGAGAUGAGACUAUAUCGGAAAGAAGAGAUAGAAACUUCACCGAAUUAGUGGAUUACGAUGGAUAUACUAGCGAGAGUUAUACAGUUACUACUGUGGAUGGCUACAUACUCUCCAUAUUCCGCAUACCAGUAAAGGAAUCGUGCAAGGAUAACACCGACCAGGAACCUAUUAUCUUCAUGCACGGUCUAUAUUUAAGUGGAGAUGACUGCAUCAUACCAGGUCCUGGUAAAGCGCACUGUUACAUAUAUUCUGAUGCUUGUUACGACGUAUGGGUACCCAACAAUAGAGGCAACAGGUACAGCAGACAACAUACAUCAUUAGAUCCCGAUAAGGAUUCUGAAUACUGGAACUUUUCCAUUGACGAAAUGGCUGCCUAUGAUUUGCCAGCCAUUAUAGAUUUUGUAUUGCAAAAGACAAAUAAGAAACAAGUAUAUUAUGUGUCUCACAGCCAAGGUGCAGGUAUACUGCUAAUGCUGUGUGCUAGAAAGCCAGAAUAUAACAGCAAAAUUAAAAUAGGUUUCGGUAUGUCACCCACAGCGUGGUUAGAACAUUCUAGAUUCAUCGCUAUCAAAGUGCAAUCUGCAGCUAAUACAAUUCUUAAAACAGCAAAUAAUGAAACUAAUAUCGAAAUUCUGCGUUAUGGCGGCGUAAUUCAAACGGCUGGCAAAUUGCUAUGUGGAAGUAAAGUAUCGUACGCGGCCUGUUCAGCUCUCCUCUUUUCGGUUCUAGGCUUUAAUAAUUUCCAAAUCACAAUCGAUGUCCUACCUGUUCUUACGGGGCAUUUUCCAGCUGGAACUUCGUUGAAAGUCUUCACGCGGUGGGGCCAAAUGGUGACAAAUGGUUUUGCCGAAUAUGACUACGGUACUAAAGAGAAUUUGAAAUUGUAUGGCCAAGAAAAACCUCCCUUGAUUGAUCUGAGUCCAGUGACGAUGAGAUGGGUAUUCAUUGUGAGUGAAAACGAUUAUGUAUCAGAUGUGAAAGAUGUUGAGACGCUAGUUUCAGCUUUAACUCACUCUGACGCGAAGAUGUGUAUCCUAGCAGAUAAGUCGUUUGGUCAUUUAGACUACAUCUAUGCAGACAACCUCGCUAAAUAUGUCACACCGCAGAUCUUGGCCACUAUCAGGACUGGCAAAUAUGCAUGCAAUUCAAAUAUACCACUUUUGUAA